GGGGCAUUUUUCUUAUCCAAUCCAAAUAUCUUAAAGCUGCUUUCUCUUUCUUAUCCAUUUUUCUGGUUCUUAAAUUGUUUCUCCUUUUCUCUAGAUUAAACAAAUCCUCCCCCACAUCCUUUAUAAAUAGCCAGGCAGAUGAACCUCAAAGUCUACCCCCGAGCUCCACAGAUCUUAACUAUCUAUCUGCUUUAGGGUUUUCAUCAUAUCUAGUAACUGAGCUGCAUUACUUAAUCUCUAAGAAACCAGUUUUUGUUUUUAGUAAUGGAGAGUGUGAGAGAGUUGGCUUCAGAGAAGGCUGCUGUGAUCUUCACAAAGAGCUCCUGCUGUAUAUGCCACAGCGUGAAGACGCUUUUCUACGAGCUCGGUGCAAGCCCGGCGAUUCACGAGCUCGACCGAUACGCCAAUGGGAGGGACAUGGAGUGUGCAUUGAGAAACCUCGGAUGCAAUCCUGCUCUUCCUGCUGUGUUCAUAGGUGGGAAAUAUGUCGGCUCGUCGAAAGAUAUCAUAUCCUACCAUGUGGAUGGAUCUCUAAAACAAAUGCUGAAAGAUGCACAAGCCAUCUGGUUCUAGCUAGCUAGGGUUUCAGCUAGCUAGUAGCUACAUAUUAUCACACUGGAAGCUUAAGCUUGCUAUGCUAUAAUGUUUUGUUAAUUAGAUCCGGUAAAAAGAAUCGCAAUACCAUGCUUAAAGAAAAUGAGUAUUGGGGUUUAAUUUUCUUUCUUCUACUUUGUAUGUAAUUUAAUUUUCC